AUGGACAAAAUCGACAUGGCCAACUUCGAUGUGUCCAAUUUCGACCCCAAUGCCAUCCUGCGGGGCGCCCAGCUGACUCUAGUCGGCGUCAAUCGAGCCCUCCAAAACCCGCGUCUCUUCACCUCCGACCAUUACCGCCAGGCCGCCAUAGCCGUAGCUGCUGGCGUCGCUAUCCGCAUCAUCGUCGCCAUUCCCAUUGUUGGUGUACGAGUGCUACUAUGGAUCCUCUCGCUCUUUGUCGACAUGAGCCAGACGGGGCUGGACGAAACCAUCAUAGAUGGCCUCCACUUCCUUGAGCACUCGGUGCUUCAGGUGCCCUUCUUUCUCAUGACGCUGAUGCGCUAUGUGACGCCGACGCUCGACCAAAUGUUCAUGGACUCGCUGCGCUGGGUCGACGAGACGUACGUACAAAAGCACAAGACGGACGACCCACACAACCUCCGCGCCAUGUACUAUCCCAACCUUGAAAAGUACCCCGACCACGCACCCAAGCCGGAGAAGGAGAAGAAGCCCCUCAAGGAGACUGUGAUAAUGUACGCCACAAAACAGAGCAGAAAGGCGGCCAUUUCACUGGGAGUCUUGGCUCUCUCCUACGUGCCCUACAUAGGACGCUUAGUGCUCCCGGCUGCCAGUUUCUACACAUUCAAGAAGGCGGUGGGAACUCAGCCAGCAGCUGCUAUUUUCGCAACGUCUCUCCUCUUCCCUCGCAGGUACUUGGUCAGCUUCCUGCAAGCCUACUUUUCUUCUCGCACGCUUAUGCGUGAGCUGCUCGAGCCGUACUUCAGCCGUGUCCGUUAUACCAAGGAGCAGAAGAAGCUUUGGUUCAGAGACCGUGCCGGGGUCCUUUUUGGGUUCAGCCUAGGCUUCUACAUCUUUGUCAAGAUCCCACUUGUCGGCGUCCUUAUCUACGGUCUCGCUGAAGCCUCAACAGCAUAUCUCAUUACCAAAAUCACCGAACCACCUCUGCCGCCGACCGAAGCCGAAAAGUUCAAGCAAGAGUCGCUCCGUUGGAAGAACAAGCACGAGUUUCUCAAUAUGCCCUGGCAGCACAUGGACGAAUACAAUCUGGCAAUGCAUAGGCCCAAGGAGCAGUCUGAAGUGCGCCAGACUCCGAGGAAAACGUUUAGCUAG